GAUGCUUGUCGUGCGACUCGUCUGGCGGGGGAUCGGGAUUUGCACCGUUCUCAGGGAAUGCUUUCCUUUGUAUCACCAGCCCUUGUGGCUGCAAUAGCAGCCCCAUACCCUGGUGCAGCCAUAGGGGGUUACAUUACUAGUAGGAAUAUGAAGAACUGGUAUAUGACAAAACUACGUAAACCCUGGUGGCGUCCUCCAAAUUACGUUUUUGGCCCAGUAUGGACUGUCCUGUAUAGCAGCAUGGGCUAUGCUUCAUAUCUAAUUUAUCGUGAUGGAGGGGGUUGGAAAGGUGCAGCACGCAUGCCCCUUUUGCUGUAUGGAUCCCAGCUUGCACUUAAUUGGGCAUGGACGCCCUUAUUCUUUGGGAAAAAGUGGUUAGGUUGGGCUUGCAUUGAGCUGGUAGCUCUUAACAUCAACAUCGCUGCAUGUAUCUGGACAUUUGGAGACAUCAACGUCACAGCUUCUUAUCUCAUGCUUCCUUAUCUUGCAUGGGGCUUAUUUGCAACAGGUUUAAAUUAUUGGAUCUAUGAUAAUAACAGGGAUGGGAAACACCUUCAGGUCCGAAAUCAGAAAAAGGAAGUGUCAUCCCCAUAGAAUAUCUGUAUUAAUAAAAAUCUUGUGCUAUUGUGUAGUAUUUCCAGAAUUGAAUGUACCAUGUUAAUAUAUUUCAUAUUGGUUUGUGUAAAU